CCGUGGAAACGACAGUCCAUGACGCCAUGUUUUGAUGUCGUCAUUCCCCCUGUACCCCCCAGUAAUCACCAUUCCACUAGUGUUUUCCGUCGUGCGGUUUUAAUGCCAUUUGUGGAUCUCCUCUCUCUGUUCUCUGGCCAUUUUUUUUCAUUUUCCAUAUAAUUAUUUUUCAACAAUUUAAUGUGCAUAUGUGUUCAUCUAUAAAUCACAAUAAUAUUUAAUCAGUACCAUUUACUGAUAUGUUACUCUACAUCUGUGUUACUUGAGUAGUUGUGGACAAAUAAUUUGAGUCGAGGAAAAAGGCGUCAGGUGUAAAAACGAAAAAAUUGAAGUAUUUCUGUGGUGCUUCAUGUGCGGAAAAAAGACGGCGGAGCGGGGGGAGUCCGCCAGCGUCCUCAUCUACGUGGUGGUAGAGUCCUAGAGGAUGUGAGAUACCAAAUAACAAUAAAAAUAGUAAAAAUAACUGAGGAUAUUUAACGUGGACUUUUACUGGGUUACAUCACUGAAAAAUAAGAACGUCUCGAUUAAACGGAGAGAGAGAGAGAAGAAAAAAAAUACACACACACACACACCUCCUCCAUAAAAUUAUUUUCGACGAGAAGAAGUGCAACUACAGCUGGUAUUCGUAUUUUGGAUUAUUUUGAUACUGAACGGGAAACGUUUUGAGUUCUGUUGAACAAUUUCUACAGAGUUAUGGAGUUGAGAUUACAUUCACCAGCGGGAGCUGAGCCCAUCGUUUAUCAGUGGCCACUUACCUCUGGCUCGGGUUCUGACCGUCACGAUGGGGCACUGGACGUGGUGGAGACAAUGAGAUGGGUGUGUGAAGAUUUGCCAGAUUUAAAACUGCCGUUGGAGAAUAAUAUACUAGUUGAAUAUGACACAAGGAAUUUUGAGAGCAUGAAGGCCCUGUGUGAUCGUUUCAACAGAGCUAUUGACAGCCUCGUUCAGCUCGAAAAAGGAACCAGUUUACCCUCACAGAGACUUAAUAAACGACCAACUAGGGGAUUACUUCGACAUAUUCUUCAACAAACGUACAAUCAAGCUGUUGUUGAGCCUGACAAGCUCAAUCAGUAUGAGCCAUUUUCACCAGAAGUUUAUGGAGAAACGAGUUAUGAGCUUGUUUGUCAGAUGAUUGAUCAGAUUGAGAUCACUGAGGAUGAUGUUUUUGUCGACUUGGGCUCAGGUGUUGGCCAAGUUGUGUUGCAAAUGGCAGCAGCAACUGCUUGUAAAAUUUGCCUGGGGGUUGAGCGAGCUGAUGUGCCUUCACGUUAUGCACAGGGUAUGGAAACAAAUUUUCGCAAAUGGCUGAACUGGUAUGGUAAACGGUGCGGAGAUUAUCGUCUUGUAAAAGGUGAUUUUCUCGCUGACGAGCAUCGCGAAAGUAUUACUAGUGCAACAAUAGUAUUUGUUAAUAAUUUUGCAUUUGGACCGACCGUUGAUCAUCAACUGAAAGAACGUUUCGCUGAUUUGCGUGAUGGAGCUCGUAUUGUCUCAUCGAAGUCAUUCUGUCCGUUGAAUUUUCGAAUAACAGAUCGAAAUUUAAGUGACAUCGGAACCAUAAUGCACGUUUCUGAAAUGACUCCCCUGAAAGGCUCAGUCUCAUGGACCGGUAAGCCCGUGUCUUAUUAUCUCCAUGUGAUCGACAGAACAAAGCUCGAGCGUUACUUCCACCGAUUGAAAAACAACAGACUAGGUGGAGGAGAUAUUGAAAAUUCUGAGUCUGUGAUAAGCAACACUGCCAGCAACCAUAGUAAAUUAUCGGUGAGAUCAGACAGAGGUGAGAGAGCAAAGAGGGAUCUAUCAAGGCAACUAGAGAGUCCAAAUAACAAUGAAUUAGUGGGUACAAAUAGUGACUCAGACAUUGACGAAAACAUGAAGAGCAGACGUCAAACGAAGAUCCACAGAAAAUUAAACAGAAAAGUAGCAGGAGCGGCUAUUGUUAGGCAGCAAUCAACGAGAGGUAGACAACGUGGUAGAGCUGUUAAAAAGACUAAACCAAAGAAGGCGAUUAAUAUAUCUGGAUUGGAUUUGCUACACAGUCAGACACUCCUCAGUACUUCACCACAGGCGAUUGGUAAAAAAUUACCUCCAGCACCGGGUUGCAUCGAUCAACAUCUUUCAUCUCUUUCGUUGUCUCUCCAACCACAUUCUACCUCAGUUCAUGAGGAGCUGAGCAUACCCCCAGCACCAUCAGCAACCCCUUAUGCACUGCAAAUUCUCCUCGAUCUUUAUAGGGACCAAUUCAUGCUCACUCUUGAAUCAAUGAGAACACCAGCUUACAAACAAUCAGUUACUGCUGAUCUUACUAAAGAAAGAGAGCGUAAUUCAAAAUUACAAUCACGUGCUGCCCAAUUGGAAAAGCAAAUUAAAGUACUAAUUGACGAUAGUGUAGCUUUACUUAAAGCACGAAUGACUGAAUUAGGUAUAAAUGCGACAUCACCGGGUGAUUUACUUGCUAAAGCUAAAGAGAUUGUUUUGAGACAUAAGCAAUUGCAGGCAAAGGCUAGUAAACUUCAGGCACAGGUGUCAUCGAUGGAGACCGAACAGUCCCGACUAGCUGCACAAAGACAUCAGGAAAUCGAAGAUAAAUAUAAUCUUCAUAAUUCACCAGCUGUUUUAACACCUGAUUAUAUUCUCAAAGAAAUAUCGCAGACUCUCUCGCAGAGAAAGAAAUUACAUUCACAGGUCUCAAAACUCGAGCAUGAAUUGAAUGUACUCGAGCGUACAACGACUGAAAAACAAGCAGUUCUGUCUCAGCAACAGCGAGAAUCUUUGUCGAAUAAACAAUCACAAAAUCAUCACUCACAGCACAAUGGGAAAUCAGCUUCGUCUCGUAAACACCGAGAUGCCCGUUCACGUUCCCAAGAAUGGCCAGAUGUACCAGACAUAGGAAAAAUUCAGGAGAACAAUCCAGAGAUACUGGCGCAAAAAAUUCUUGAAACAGGACGUCAGAUCGAGGCUGGCAGAAUACCAAAUCGUCACAAUUCAUCAUCAAAUCCUCCCAGUAAUCGUCCACGUUUGCCCCAAUCAAACUACAAUUUUUCCCCAUCUCACAAUUCCCAGAGAGACCAAACGAAUCGUAUUCAGGAGCCACCGAGAGUAGCAAAUUUUGAGGAUCGAUUGAAGAGUAUAAUAACCAGUGUAUUGAAUGAGGAUCAACAAAAUCGUACAAAACAACAACAACAGCACUCAGCUCAACAACAGAUACCUCAAAUGCCAUCACUUUCAUCCCAAUCGUCAGAGCCUGACAGAAAGCGUCAAGCAUUACCUCCAAACGCUCCAGCUCCUGAUUACACUCAAGUAUCACCCGCAAAAUUGGCCCUUCGUCGUCACCUGUCUCAAGAACGUUUGACAUCUCAUGUACCAAAUGACAGACCUGUUGAUUGUCGUCAACAACCCCCCGAGACACGAACAAAUCCACCUGGUCAUGGAUUACUUGGUACAAGAACUAUUGGUGAUUUAGUGAGUGGGGAAAUUGAACGAACUCUCGAAAUAUCAAAUCAAUCUAUUAUAAAUGCUGCUGUUGACAUGAGUGGUAUCAUAAGACCAGAGACUGUUUAUUCACCAAUUUCAAGACCAGCAAGUGCUGAGGGUGAUACUGGCCUUGCCACAUUGGCACAUGUUGCCAGUUAUGCACCAACAUGUUCAUCAGUAACUCAACCCACAACAACACCAUCAAGAUCCUCAGUUUUAUUUACCCCAGCAAAUCAAAAUCAACGCUAUACACCAGUACAACUGCCAAGGGCUGAUAUAAAACCUUAUCAUGAAUCAUAUUUUGCUGAUAAUUCAUCUAUGAUAAAUCAGACACAAACAACACAGCCCACAGCUUCACUUCAUUCGUCCCAAGGAGCCAAUGGUGAUGUACCUGUUGAAGGACUCGCUGCUUCACUACAUGCUAGAAUACUUAGUAAUAAUCACAGUGGAAAGAACGAGACAAAUAGUAGGAGAUAUGCCCCUUAUCCACGCUACAAUAAUACAAGUGAUAGGGUACCAUCGCCACCGAUUCAACCUACUAGUGUUAAAAAUGAAACUAGUGUAUCAUCAGUGAGCACUAGUGGUGCACCACUCAGUCCACCCGUUGAACCCCACUCCAAUACGUCAACCCCUCUUGUUGAUGAACCACAGAUGAGCAAUCAGAGGCAAAGAAAUGGCAUUGGUGAUGAUGCGAUUCAGGCGCACAGAUCAGAGGGGAAAAACAGAAAGAUAUGGCUGCCUUUGGGUUGGUUCGUGACUCCUGGAAAAAAUAUGUUGGCAACGGAAUUUUCAGACGGUGAAGCAGAUUGGCAAGAUCGCAUAAGUUCGGGUUUCGAUCGUCUUGUGGCAUUUGCUUCGACAGAGCUCGAUAAACGUCGAAGAUCAACUGAAGGUGUUAACACGAGUCCAGACAGUGGGCUUGGAUCGGAUGCUGCAAUUGGCCCACCACCAGUUAUUCCAUCACCUGAUGAAGCACUUGGACCACCGAGAACACCAUCACCCACCAGUCCACGUCCACCCAAUCCAUCGAGUAAUACAUCGUCAUCAGUACCCUUGAAAUAUCAACGUCAGCCAGAUCCUGAACGUCAUCAUUUCAAGAAAAAAUUUUUUCAUCGCGAUUGGAAUAAUUCUGGCAGCACUAGUAAAUUUCGACCCAAAGGAAAGGACUGGGAUUGGCACAAUAAUUGCGGUCAUUGGCCACCGAAUGGCGAACAGUCGUAACUCCUCACAUUUAUUGUUUCUUUUGUAUUAAUUUUAAUUGCAUCUUAAAUCUUGUUUUUGUUUUUUUGUUUUCAAUUUUUUUAUUCUAUUUUUUUUGCAUUAAAACGAGACUUUGAAUCUUUAUGUAGCGAUUCAUGAAAUAUCCGAGUUCAUUUAUUCAUAUGAAGAGACGUUAUUGUAGGAACAAAAUUAGGAUGUUUUCAUUUUCUAUUGUUUAUUUGCACUUUUUGUCCUUUUUUUUAUAGUUCAUUUAAAAAAAUUAUUUGACAAGUAGACUUUCCCCAUGUCCUAUAACUCAUUGCUUCUGGGUAUUUAUUUCAAUAUAUACAAAUGCAGCACUAUUAUAUUGAGGGAUGAAUUACCUUUAGAGAGAGACUGAUGCAAUGACUAGUUUAUAGUUAUUUAUUAAGAGGAAGAUAAAAUGAGAUGAGAAACCUUUGUGUGUUCGUUGCAGAACGUUGUAUCACUGGAAAAUAUGAUAUUCCUUUAGUACGAUUUGUCAGAUUCAUUUAAUGAUCAAUAAAAUGACUGAUGUGUUCAUAUUCUAAUUAAUUGAGUGUAGAAAUGUGGAUAAGAGCGAGUGAAUCAGAGAUACUAGAAUUGAAAGGAACUGAAGAAUGAUGUUAAAGUAGAUGCGCACAGCAUGUCCGAAUGUUCUCAAGGACUAUCAACAAAAGUGCGUAUCACGUAGUUGAAAUAUGGUUGAAUCACCAUCAAUUUAGGCUACAUUAUGCAUAGAUUCGUGUGUGAAGUGAAUCUCAUAUGCUUGUACAGUUGAACGAAAUGCGAUACAAUGAUUUCCCGUAAAAGCAAGAACAUUUAAACAUCAGAACAAAAUGCAAAUAGCAUUAAUCGAUAUGUAAUGGAUACAUAACUUGUAUGUAAGCAUUUCUUAGGGAAUGAGAGAUAAAGUUGAAAAUUAAAACAAAAAACAAUACACUAGCAUGUUAAUACACUGCCGAACGUUCUAUUUAAUUUUAUGAUGAUUAGUGAAAACAAUCAUGAUCAAUUAUUUAUUGUUUUAUUGGAAUAUUUUAAUACUAAGGUUUUUGUAACAAUCAAAAA